GUUGAGAAAAAAUUGAAAAAAAUCUUACGUUUUUCGGCGUCCUGAAAAGUUUUGUUGAACGAUACCAAGAUGGGCAAGGGUUUCAAUAAUUAUAUGUGCAAAAAAUUCUUCCAUCCAGCAUCGAGAGAUAAUUUGAAACGAGUAUGGAUGGCAGAACAACAAGCCGAAGCGUACAAAAAGAAACAGGAGGAACUGCGGGUCCAGUACGAGAAGGAACAGGAUCUUCACAAUAACAAGGCAUUACUGAGCAAAGAGAGCAAGGACAAGCUCAGUGUAAAUUUUAUGUAUGAACCACCACCCGGAGCUAAAAAAGAAAGAGAAAAGGAAGACGACGAGCCUGAGUACAAGUUUGAGUGGCAGCGAAAGUACAACGCUCCACGAGAAAGCUAUUGCAAAGGUGAUAGCGAGAUAAGGGACCAACCUUUUGGUAUUCAAGUCAGGAACGUACGCUGUAUCAAGUGUCACAAGUGGGGUCACAUAAAUACAGACAAAGAAUGUCCACUUUACAGCCAGGCCAUGAGCGUUGUGAUGGCAAGUGGUAAUGCAGAAACUGUGGAAGCACCAGAUGCUUUGACGCUUGUACAACAAAUGAGGGACGACGGAUUGGCAUUGAAAAAAUCAGCAUUGAGCGCACAGCAGCACUUACGAGUACCAGAGCACGAAGACCUCAUGGUUUCAGGUGACGAGGACGAGGAACAACCGGAAGUGACGUUCUUCAAAUCACUUUCGAAGAAGGAAAAAAAGAAGCUUUUGAAGAAACUGGAAAAAUUGGAGAAAAGAGGUCGAAAGGGGAGGAAAAAAAAAUCGAAAAAGCGGGAGAGUUCGAAUAGCAGUACAAGUAGCAGUAGCGACUCGGAUUCGGGUAGUUCGAGUUCGGAAGAGGAUCAACGUCGCAAAAAGUCAAAGAAGAAGCAAAAAAAUCGCCGGGAAUCGACGGCAGAUUCGGAAAAAGUGGAAGAAUCUUUAGAACGAAAAAGAAGAGACGAAAAAUCUAGGAGCAAACGAGAGAAUGAUCGUGACAGACGAAGGGAUCAUGACAGGCAGCACAAGCAUAGAGACGAGAAAGAAAAUCAUCGUGGAAAGACUGAAAACAGGCGAGAUUCGCGAAAACGAAGAUCGGACGAUUCGGACAACGAGAGACGUCGGAAUCGUCAUAGCAAGAGAUCGAGAGACUCGUAGAUUUCAUUGUUACACACAAAUCGAUAUUCGCUGUUUUUUAAACUGAUGUUUAUUAUUUAUACAAUACACUCUCGUUAUCAUCUAUCUAAUAUGUAAAUAAAUCGCUACAUGAAUAUUA